AUGGAGGGGGACCAGAAGGCCAAGUCCCCUGAUGAAGAGGAGGCCAUCACUUCUGAUUACCAGAUUUUACGUAAACUGGGUCAAGGCGGUUUUGCUGAGGUCAAUCUUGCAUGUCACCUGCGUACAAAUAUUUGUGUGGCUGUCAAAAAGGUGAAAAAGGACAAAGGCUCUGUAAUUGAAAAUGAACUAUUUGCCUUGAAAGCCAUGGAUCAUCCCAACAUUGUCCGACUGUACAGCGUAAUUAACACACAGCAGUUUACGUAUAUGGUCAUAGAGAACGCUCCAGGAGGAACCCUACUGAAUCAUGUGCUCAUAGCGGGCACACUGGCAGAGGCGGAGGCCCAGAGACUGUUUUCUCAACUAGUGUUGGCUGUGGCACAUUGCCAUGCCAAGGGAUUUGCCCAUCGCGACAUCAAGCCCAACAACAUCUUGCUGGAUAAGAAAAACAAUAUCAAACUCUGUGACUUUGGCCUCUCGAUUCAAACCACUCCUGGCAAGAUUCUUAAGCGAUUCUGUGGAACAACCCUUUACUGUGCCCCAGAAAUGCUAGACGGUCAGGGUUAUGAUCCCAAGAUGCAGGAUAUCUGGAGUCUGGGGAUAGUACUCUAUUUCUCAGUCUCCGGAUACCUCCCGUUUAAAGGGGUAACACGCUCUAACCUAAAAGAACAUAUCUUGGUUACGUGUAAACAAAAAGACCUUGGCCUCCCUUCAGGACUGUCAAGUGACAUAGUUAACAUCAUCCACACCCUGUUGACGGUUAACCCCAGGUUGAGGCCCGCAAUUGAUGCCAUCAAGACCCACCCUUGGUUGACGUUUGGUGGAAAACCUGCCCAGCCCCCCUGCAAAGACACACUCGUGGACAGCGCUCACCACCGCAUUUCUCUCCUGAUGAGCAUCCUGGGCUACAGUGCCGACGCGCUCACGCAGGCGCUACACGACAAGACCUACGACAGCGUGAUGGCCGCGUACUUGAUCUUGAAGUACGAAAGUCCCUGGGGAGAACAUGCUGAAGGGCAAAGUGCAUCGAGGUUCUCUAGUGGUGUGGUUAGGACCCUGCUGGGAAGACCGGUCAGCGAAGGUGCCCGCCCUACACUCGCCAUAUCUGCCAAGCCACACGGCCAGAAAGCCACUGGUGACAGGCAGAAGCACAGCUGCCCUGACAUCUGUGCCCCACAGCCUGACUGUGCUGUGCCCGAGGUGAGCGGUUCUGCCGAGCCCAGCAGCAGCUUGUCUGGAAGCAAUGCACUACCAGUGGACACAUCAGCUCCUGUCUCCUCCAGUGUGCCCUCAGAGUAUGAGACCUCCAUGUUCCUACAAGCCGAGGCUGACUGGCCCUGUGUCAGCUUUCUCCUGCAGACUGGGCAGAUUUCUCAUCUCACGAAGGUGGCCCUGACUCUGCUAAAGGAUGACGUCUCCGACCAGGCCCGAGGAGAGACCGAGGCCCUGCAGGAGGUCGAUGGUAUUCAGUGGUGA